CUGCACUAUGGGACCCUCCUGGGCAGCAGAGCUUGUGCCCACAUGGCAGCAGCUGCCUGGGCCAGUGGCUUUCUCCAUGCUCUGAUGCACACAGCCAAUACAUUUUCCCUGCCCCUGUGCCAUGGCAAUGCCCUGGGCCAGUUCUUCUGUGAAAUCCCACAGAUCCUCAAUCUCUCCUGCUCCAAAUCCUACCUUAGGGAAUUUGGGCUGCUUGCUGUCAGUGUCUGUUUAUCAUUUGGUUGUUUUGUGUUCGUUGUUUUCUCCUAUGUGCAGAUCUUCAGAGCUGUUCUGAGGAUCCCCUCUGAGCAGGGACGGCACAAAGCCUUUUCCACCUGCCUCCCUCACCUGGCCGUGGUCUCUCUUUUCUAUAGCACUGGCACAUUUUCUGACCUGAAGCCCCCCUCCAUGUCCUCCCCAUCCCUGGAUCUGGCCCUGUCAGUUCUGUACUCAGUGGUCCAACUGGGGGAUGCCUCUGUGGAUUCGGCAGGUCAUCUUGCCUCGCCCUGUGUGGGCGGCAGGGCGGAGGGCGUGCUGUCCUCUCUUUGUGCCUUCCAGCCUUUGAGGAUCAGCCUCUGCCUCGGAUUGAGUCUGAUUCGGGGCCCCACGCUGGUCUCAUCCCAGUCCACACUGGGUUUGCAGGCCGUGCUGGCACCUGCGCCUGUCAAGGCGCCCCCUGCUGCAUCUGCGUUGCGACAGGGUGCUGAGGUAUUUACCUUUAGUGCGAAUGCCGACACGGCCAGCGGGAGGCUAUUUGAUGUUUUUGAGACCAAGUGGUCUCAUUUGGCAGCCGAUGCGGUGGAGCAAAAUGUGCUGGGGCCACAGGACCCCAGGUUUUACCGGACUCGGGAAACGUGA